UAAUAAUGCUGAUUAGAUAAUACGCUAAUGUUGGUAAAUAUAAGUGGUUGUUGUUAUCCAACGGUCGUGUUUUAGUGCAAAAUGUUAUCAAGAGCGAAAAAUGUGGUUUUCAAUGUUCGUGGGCUGAUGCCCGCGGUAUUCACCCCUCUAAAAGAUGAUCAGACGGUAAACUGCGGUAUUAUUCCUGCGUACGCGCAAUAUCUCGUCAAUAACGGGAUCAAAGCCGUGUUAGUUGGGGGUUCGACAGGAGAGCACAUGUCUCUCAGUGUGAAAGACCGGAAGAAGGUGAUCGAUGCCUGGGUGGACACCAGUAGGACCACAGGCUUGCAUGUCCAGGUGCAAGUGGGCGGAGCGCCGUUUCCUGACGUCAUUGAAUUGGCUAAAUAUUGCGCGUCGAGUGGUGUCAAUUCAAUUUUGACGCUACCAGAGUUGUAUUUCCGUCCAGAUUCCGUUGCUGAGCUGGUCUCCUAUGUGGAGAUGGUGGCAAAUGCGGCUCCCAAUCUGCCUGUCCUGUAUUACCAUAUCCCUAGGAUGAGCAAUGUUGCUAUAAAUAUGCCAGCGUUCGCCGCGGCGGCGUCUGCGCAGCUACCCAAUUUUAAAGGCAUGAAGUUCACAUCAAGUGACCUUAUAGAAGCAGCUCAAGUAGUAAAAGUUUUGAAAGAGGAUCAGCAGAUAUUUUUAGGAGGGGAAUACCUUUUAGCCCCAGGUGCACUAUUAGGAAUAAAGUCAUGCAUAAGCACGCCGAUCAAUAUAUUUCCACAAUUAGUGCAAGGAGUCUUAGACGCAGUCGAGAGGAGUGACGUCACUGAAGCCAACAAGCUGCAAGACAAGCUUACUGUAGCCAUUGAUUCAAUUGCAUCCGAAGGAGGUUGGGUCCCAACAAUGAAGGCUGCCAUGGAAUUUGUUACUGGAAUCAACGUCGGUCCACCAUCUUUACCGAAGAAGCCACUUUCUUCCGAGGCUAAGAAGAAAAUCGAAGGGAAACUCCUUAAUUUAGGUUAUUGUAAUUAAACCCACAUUUU